CCCGUGGUCAGCCCGUGGUGCCAAGUCCCCAGCAUGCAGAGUACUAGUGGCAACUCGCUGCACUGGCAUUGGCAAUGUUGGAGGAAGCUGGCAUUGUAGGUUCGCGAGCUGCUCUGUCAAGCAACCAUUGAGCACCAACUGCAGCUGUAGAAGGGGUCCCUGCAAAACGGUGAAGUUUUGAAAAAAAUUGUAAGACAUUCUGACACUACAAGAAGGAUUGUAGCUGCUCUUACAUAAUACAUUUGGACCUGGAAGAGUCAAAAGUGAAGCUUCACAGAGCAUGGAGCCUUGCAUUGUGCAAAACAGCCAGGCCAUGCAGGGCAAUGAAGCUGAUGAGCAGAAACAACAACAGGGGCAACCGCUCCCCUCAGUCUGUGUGGCGCCUGUCAACCAGGCCACUUCUCCAACCACCUUCCCAACCACCAAGGAAGGGGCAGUCUCAGCAGUGCCUGCAAAUAGCAAGCGCUCUGAACCCCAGGCCAUGGUGGUCAGUCAGCCUGGACAGGGGAAAGGGCCUGUGAAGGCAAAGGCCACAAGAAAGAGACAGAGAAAAACCUUGGCACUCCCGGCCCUCAAGCCAGCUCCUCUGAUGCCUCUGUGGAUACAACGCCCCCUCCAACCCGGUUGGAUCUCAGCUUUUGACCCUGCUACUCGCCUCGCAUACUACUUUCACCCCUCCACUGGAAGGAGCCAGUGGGAGCCCCCCCUUCAGCCUCAGCAGCCUUUGCCUCCCCCCUGGAUCGAAGCUGUUGAUCCUUCCCGUGGCCUUCCAUACUACUACAACCCUGCAACUGGAGCAAGCCAAUGGGAGUGUCCGGUCGCUCUCUAUCCACCGUUAGGGGGGCUGGCUCUGCCCUGGGCCGGGGUGCCAAGCGCUGCUAGUCCGGUGGUUGCACCAACAGUGCCGACUAGCACAUUACCAGCUCGUUUGCACCAGAACGGCGUGCUUGGACAGACCGCAACUGAGCUUCCCAUCGGCCCAACCGCAUCAAUGGUCCCGGCACUCCCAGCCGGUGCAUCUAAGCCAUCUUCGACUCCCACAAUUGCUGCCACCUCAGCAGCAAAGCCAUCUUCGACUCCCACAACCGCUGCCACGUCAGCAGCAAAGCCCGCAUCCCCGCAGCCAGCACCGCUGAGCGCCUCUGCAGACAUCAAAUCAGAUAACAAGACGUCCUGCGCUGAAGUUGCUGCGGUGCCGGCAGUGAAGCUCGCAAGCACGGAGACCGUUCUUAAUUCUGAAGCUGGGGGUCAGGUCGAAAAGACUGCAAAGGCACCUGGGGCAACCGCACAACCCAAAGCUGCGAAGAAAACGACGAAGAAGGCAAAGAAAGCGGGAGAACAGUCGCUGGUCAGGAGCGUGGCCAAUCUGCCGCUGCCGUGCGUCGAGUGCGGGUGCUUGGGACCUGUCACGAGCGAGGGUGUCUGCUUCAAAUGCUCCACAAAUCCGAGUAACUCAACGCCCGCUGUCGCCGUGACUAGCCCUGCAGCACAGACCCCCCCUCAAAACGCCCCGUCGCAACCUCCGGCCAAGCGCGCGAAGAAGUCGACGCAGAAGCGCGCGAAGCCCCCGCUGUACACCCCUCCCCCGCCGCGGGCGUCCGAAACGGACUCCGACGACACGCCUUCGGACGUCCAUCUUCCGGAGGAGCUCCUGGAAAUGGUGGUAAAGCUGGUAGCCGCUGCGAAGCCCCGGACGGAGUCAGAACGCGAGGACUGCUGGUCAUAUACGGGGUACUUUGCGCGGCACGACCGGGACUUUGAAUUGCGCGUCGACGAGCGGCUGACGGUGCGCGACCUGGCGAACCUGAGCGCGGUUUCCAAGGACUGGAAGCGCGGCGUGGAGGCCGUGGGGUGGGCCACGUUGCGGGCCGGGAUCACGGACACGUGUGACUUCGUCCGCAGCGCUGACGAGAGCGCGGUCGACAUGCUGAAGGAGAUGCAAAAGGAGGGCGCGACGAUCGUGGCAACUAGAGCGGCGGCCGAGUACAAGGUGAAGCCGAAGGAACUGGCCGCGCAGGUGAAGCAGUACAAGGUGAAGCGGAACCCGCACCGGCGGUCGGGCAAGAUGCGCAUCUAUUACGUGAAGGACGUCCUGAAGGUGGCGCUCGCGAAGCAUGGCGGCGCGUGCGGCCUGCGCCAGAAGAUCGGAAAGUGCGAGGCGGCGGCGCGCAAGCGGGCGGCGAGCUGUGCCGGCAAGCCGGGCAGGAUGCGGGGUCACAAGAGGCGGCCAUGGCCGUCGUGGGACUGCGACGACGAUGAUUACUUCAGCUGGGACCUUUAGCUUGCCGGGUUAGGUCUGAACGGAGCACAGGAGAAGAGUUUUAAUGGUUUGAUGCGAAGCGGUUCGUUGAUAUUAAAAGAAAUAGGUCACGGCUCGGCUUCUGUGCGAGUGUAUAAAUGCACCUCAGAUGUAGCUCCUAUGAGACCACCUUCAGACGACGAUUUGGCAGAUUGUGUCCAUGUGCAGUAAGUACAUCUGGAAGCGCUAGCUGGUCUUGGCUCGUGGUAAACAAUUGUAAGUUCUAAAUGAUAUUGACUGUAGGUAUUAAGUAAGUAUCUGUGUUCAAACGUUGGUUCUUCAUGCUGAAGACCACGUAAUGAGGCAAUUUGGAAUAGGGGAAACCCCUAAUAAUAUAUUGAAAAUCUGCGCAGGUGUUAAUUGCCUUGACAGCUGUGCUCCGAGUCGCAAGCAAAUAAUAUUUUCUAGAAGC